AUGCCAGCCAAAAGUGUUGCUGUGAUCGGGACAGGUCCCGCUGGGGCCAUUGCUGUCGAUGCCCUGGUGCAAGAAAAGGCAUUUGACGUGGUGCGGGUGUUUGAGCGACAGGAAAAAGCAGGCGGAAACUGGGUCUCCCGAACAAGCGAGACGCCUGUUCCGCUUGACAUCGACAGUCUCUCGACCAGGUCGGCAGAUGCGCCGGUAGCAAUCCCUUCCAAGCUGCCGUCGCAUGCACCGACGCUGUCGCGACACCGUUUUGCCGACUCGCAUGUCUAUCCCACGCUGCACACCAACGUGGAUGCGUCCGUCAUGGAAUACUCGCAGGAGUCGAUCCCGACCGUUCGCUCCGCCGAGUCAGUGGCCCUGCAUGGUCCGGAUACGCCGUUUCGCCAUCACACCGUGAUCCGCCAGUACAUUGAGGACCUGCUAAAUCGCCACGGCUACCAGGACCUGGUGGGGUACAACACCACGGUCGAGCGGGCUGUGAAAGAUGCGUCCACGGGCAAGUGGAAUCUGACUCUCCGUCGCGCAGGCAAACCGGGCGGGUUCGACUACUGGUGGUCGGAAUCGUUCGAUGCGCUGGUCGUAGCCUCGGGACAUUAUAAUGUGCCUUUCGUGCCCGCCAUUCCUGGGUUGAAAGAAUUCUCCGCGAGAUAUCCAGGCUGUGUGCUGCACACGAAGCAGUAUCGGGGACCGGAGCAGUACCAAGGCAAGAGGGUCGUCACAGUCGGCGCCUCCGUCUCAGCCGCAGACACAGCCGUCAGUCUGAUUGGUUCGGCGCAGUCGCCCAUCUACGCCGUCGUUCGUGGCAAAUACAAUGUCUACUUUGGUGACGAGGCAUUCAAGCAUCCGCAGAUCGAGCGUCGGCCGCCAAUUUCGCACAUCUCCAGCGAAAACGGCGAGAAAACGGUCCAUUUUGAAGACGGCACCUCCGUGGCUGAUGUCGACUAUAUUAUCCUAGGCACGGGAUUCACCUGGACGCUGCCUUUCUUGCCGGACAUUCCCAUCCGCAACAACCGCGUACCGGAUCUAUAUUUGCAUGUCUUCCACCAGCGAGACCCGUCUUUGGUAUUCCUCGGAGCGGUUGGUGCUGGUCUGACCUUCAAAGUAUUCGAAUGGCAAGCUGUGGCUGCGGCCCGCGUUCUUGCUGGCAAGGCGCAGUUACCGUUGCUGGACGAACAGCGCCAAUGGGAAACCGAUCGCAUCGCGAAGAAGGGCGACGGGCCUGCAUUUUUGAUGGUCUACCCUGACUUCGAGCAAUACUUUGAGCAGCUUCGCGGGCUGGCCGGAGAGCCCGAAGGAGCCGGUCGGCGGUUACCGGUGUUUCAACAGGCCUGGGUGGAUGAUUUCAUGGAGGGGCAUCAGAGAAGGAUUCGCAUGUGGAAGAGGGCGAAUCAACAGGGAAACGAGAGUAAAUUAUGA